CAUCAAAUUGAUGCCGAGGCAUGCCGUACGGGCUGCAAUCAAUUUUGAACCUAACCUCCAAAGCAUAGCAUCAAGCACCAUCAAUAUAAAUUAUAUGAUCUUAUUAGUAUGACAGAGCAAACGAUACUGGUGUUAUACCAAGUGUCCCACAAAAGCAAGGCGUUUAUAUUCUUGUAUCACCAAUCGUACUACCUCGUAUUUACUCGUAUUACGGAGUACAAAUGGAAUGCCUAUUGAGCAUGGCCGAGCGGUAGUUUUGGGUGCGAUAUUGCACGAUUGCCAAGUUAAAACAAGUGAACAUAAGCGAUAUGUGCAGGAUAUCAUUUGAUAAAGAAAGCUACUCAAACAAGAAUCCCAUGAUUACCAUGUGUCAAACUGUUUCUACAUUAGGGACCCUCAGUAUAAAACUCACUUCAAGAUGGUAUUGCUAUCCUUUUCUAACAGUCUCUAGACUGUUCGAACCUCUAUCAAUGUUAUUUGUAUUUCCACAACCUGAAAACGCGCUGGCCGCUUGUUUUAACCAAAACAAAACGCAAUGCUUGCUAACGUUUGUUUCCACAGUUAAUAAAUUUGUUACUUGCAAUCGAUUCCUAUAUUUUCAACAAUUGUAACGAUGGAUAGCAGCAUGCCCUCAUUGUUUGUUAUGGGUGUGGAUGAAAACGGCGAAGUAAACACAUACCCUGUAGACCAAACUGAUCAAAAUCACAGUUAUAUAUUCGAUAACGGAACACUGGACCACUCUCCAAGAAGCAUUAAUAUCAAGUUAGAAGCGGAUGAAGACAACAGCAAUGAUAUGCUCUCGGGACCAAUGUCCUCUGAACUUGCAGAUUCACAAUUGGUGAUGAUGAAUGGUCUUGAUGAUCAUCAUCGCACUCAUUUUACUUUCUACUUUCAGCUGGAAUCACACAAGAACCUGGUUGACCAAUGCGUGCAAGGCGAGGGUGUUGUUCAAGUAAACGUGCAAAUCCAACAACACCUCAAGCGGAUAAACAUCAUUGACGUCCUAAAACCAGCCGAGGAUUACGUUGAAGAUUUGGAUCAAUUAGAACCGGACGCCAUCGAUGAUGAAGUCUCGAAUCCCAAGUUGGAUGAGGAUACAGAACAAACACCGCGUUCAAUAAGUCAUAUCAAGCGCGAAAAACCAGUUCACGAGUGGCAAGUUGAUUCCGCCUUUAAAGCAGCGCAGGAUAGACUUAAAAUUCCGGCGAAUCCGGAGGAGUGGAGCGUUUUCCACGUCCGUCAUUGGAUACAAUGGGCGGUGCGACAAUUCUCUUUGCCUAAGCUACAACUCUCCGAUUGGUCUAUUACCGGUGCGGAUCUAUUUGCUAUGGACAUUCAUGACUUUUCCAAAAUAGUGCCCAACGAUCCUGGCGACAUUUUCUGGACGCAUUUCGAACUUUUGAGAAAAAUGAAAGUUGUUGCUGUAAUUAAAGAAGAUAAACAUAAACCGCCCAGUGAGAAACUUAUGAAACCAAAAAACAAAGUCAGUCAUAAUAAUACACGGUAUGUGUAUCUGGACGGAACCUCCCAUCGCGCUGGAGGUGGGAACAGUGGGCAAAUACAACUUUGGCAAUUUCUACUCGAACUGCUCACAACUCGACAAUAUAAAACUGUCAUCUUUUGGUUGGGUGUCGAGGGUGAGUUCAAAUUAAACCAACCGGAGAAGGUCGCCAAAUUAUGGGGCGAGCGCAAAAACAAACCCACAAUGAACUAUGAGAAGUUGUCAAGAGCUUUGAGGUACUAUUACGAAGGCGACAUGAUAUCUAAAGUGCACGGCAAGCGAUUUGUGUAUAAAUUCGUCUGCGACUUGAAACAAUUGAUAGGCUACAGCGCAGUUGAACUUGCGCUGCUUGUCAAUUACGGAAAUCCACACUAUAGGACGCAUGAUAUUAGCUAUUAGAGUUGGUUGGAGGUUAUGAAAACGACUGUGAUAAUAAUUAUAUUUAGCAUGUUACAUCAUUAUCACUUAUCAGUUGUUUAUUAAGAAAUAAAUAUGUUGUAUUGAGAAUGCAAAUGGCCGCCGGGGAUGGGACACUCGGAGUCGCAAACUCAAACGGAAGGGAUGUCAAAAGUUAGCUGCACAUCCCGGAUUCACAAAAGAAACCCUGAGUGUAAUUAUGUUUAAGUUUCCGAAUAAAAUUACUUUUUUAAUGACA